AUGGGUAUUGGGUAUAUCGACAUUUUAUACACCAAUAUUGAUUACAAUAACAGUAUCGAAAAUAUACUAAGGGGAUUAGACGAUGUAGUUCGAAGUGGCAAGGCAUUAUACAUUGCAAUAACUGAUACACCAGCAUGGGUAAUCAGCGAAGCAAACACGAUUUCUCACUUUCGUGGGUGGAGUUUCUUAUCUAACCGAUACUCCAAAGAUUUCCUUGCUUCUGAUAAAGACUUCCCUACCAAGAAAACCGUUUUAGAGUAUGCUGAGAAGGAAAAUAAUUGGAAGAUUCUCGAGGAAGUUGUUCGGGUUUCUAAAGAAGUUGGAAGAACGCCUUCUGAGGUUGCAAUCAACUGGGUUCUUCAACAGUCAGGAAUAGCAUCUACGUUAGCAGCUGCAAGAAAUGUAGAAAUCUUGGAAGAGAACAUAAAUGCGUUAGAAUUUAAACUUACUCCAGAACAACUUUCUGCCUUAAAUGACAUCUCUCUACCAGGAGAGAUUCCAUUCACACAAAUUCCAAAACCUAAUCCGUUACAUUAUACUUCUAAACCCGGUCCUGAAUAUAUCAAAGAGUUGAAGCCACUUCGAGAAACCUAA